GGCUAGCGCCGGCGGUGCCUCCUCAGGCUCAAGCCUGGCCCUUCGCAUUUGCUUCAAGAAGUCAAAGCCAUGGCGGCUUCCUCCGCUUCUGAGGCGUCCGUGUCUCUCCGCGUUGCUGGUUCCUGGUCUGGAGAAGUCACAGUUCAGCUCAGCACAUGCCGACUGUCAGAAUUGAGAAAGAAAGUUGCGGAAGCGUCCGGAUUUGAUGAGGACGGAAUGAAGCUCAUCUGCGGGGGCAGGAUGCUCAAAGAUGAUGGGGGGGACAAAGUACUGUCGCAAAUAGGCGUGACGGAGAAGUCGAAGCUGCUGGUGACCAAGGUGUCUGCUGCUCAGGUUCAGGAUAUGGCAGCGGAAGCGGAGAAUGCCAGGUUGAUGGAGGAGCGGACCCAGCGGCUGGCGCGAUUGAAAUCCGCCGCAGACGCUAUGGCUCGCAGGAGUGGAGGGGACCUGUUUCCCAGUGAUGGAUACGAGCUGCAGUUGGAAAACCAGGAGGGGCAGCGCCUUCAAUUCUCUGAUGAGGACAGAAGAGCUCUGGUCAUGGGGCUGGCGCUCCAUGCAAAGGCGGGCAAGUUGAUGGAGCGGGAAGAGUACAAGGAUGCGCUUGAAGUGCUCGAACUGGCAGAGGAAGCGUUCGCUCUCUGCAACAAGGUGCACCUCGAGGCGGUGGACAACGUGUCGCUCCUCCAGAUCGACACCGUGUGGUGCCUGUACAUGCUGAAAGACGUGGCGCGCCUGGCUGUUGCGCGCGAGCGGCUCACGAACGCGCGCGCUGGGCUCCGCAAAGCGCAUGGGGCGCACCUGGAACGGCUGCGGAUGCUGCAGGGCGGCUUUUGCCCCGAGCUCGCGCUGUAUGUGAGACUAGAGACGCUGGAGGGAGUGGUGGCUUUUCACAGCGGUCAGCCAGUGGCAGCGAAGCAGGCACUGCAGUCAGCGGAGGGGAAGUAUAAGCAGCUACAAGUAUCGGACGAGUCCCUGGUGAAGCUAACCGGCAUGGGUUUCUCAUUGGCGGAGUCGCGGCGGGCACUGCGCGUGUCGGGCCAGGACCCCGAAAGGGCGACCAUCUUUGCUCUGGAGCAGAGGAGGAAGGACGCCGAAAAGCGGGAGGAGGACAAACAGCGGCGGAAGGAGCGCAGGUGGAAGAACGCGAACGGCACCGGCAUCAGGACAUGGCUCCGGAGCACAGCCAGCUGA